AUGGCCUCAGAAGUGGCGAGUACCGUACAAACGGUGGGUACCAAGGACAGGGAAGACGAGGAAUACAUUCGACGCAAUCGGCGGAAAGCAUUGAAAGAACUCAAUCUAGGAAAUCAUGGAGAAGUAUCAUCCAAGAACUUGGAUUCAUCGUUGAAGCGUCACACUGCACUCAUCAAGCGGAUGCGCCAAUCAAUAGGCACUGAAAAUAAUGAACAGAUCAUGAAAGAUAUCACGUCAUUGUCACUAGAGAAGUACAUUGAUGAGCUAGCUAGCGCGGCGCAUGAGGGUAUUGCGCGCUGCAAGACUGAAAGGGAUGUGUGGAGCGCCGUCGAGAUUAUCUCUGCUCUCCACCGUCGUUUCCCAAAGGGUUUCACUCCUGCAAUUAACGCGCUUCUCAGCACAGCUCUUCUUCCUCCUCAGCGCACAGUCGUAUCGUCUAUUGGAACGCAAAAUCCUGCAUCCACGCCUGCGGGUAAUGUUGCAGGUACCGCGAGUAAUGCAACAAUCACACCAGAGCAAAAGGAGAAAGAAGAUGCCGCUCGAGUGACCAGACAGAGACCUGUGUUGCGUGUAUGCGCUGAACUGGCUCUGGUCGGAAUCAUUAGAGAUGCACCCGGGAAGAGCGGAGGUGAAUGGAUGAUGAAGACACUCAAGGAUCUACUUUCCAAUGAUCCUACAUUGUCUUCGUUGCCAUUAUUAACUACAUUUCUAAAAUCUUAUGCGAGACCCUUUCUUGGAAUCACCCCUUCAACAGGGUCAAAGGCACAGAUUCCUGAAGGCACGACGACGGACCUUGUUGCUGCUGUCGCAAGGCAAAAUGCGGAUGGCUUUCCCCAACUAGGCACGGAUGGCGAAGAAGACGAGUUGGUUGAGAAAGAAACAAGGGCACGUUUCAAGAGGAUGUGUGAAGGUUACUUUGAAAGCGUUUCGAAAAAGCUUGUUAUCGAGCAUAAACGUUUGCAAGAGCAGGAUCGCAAGAACCAUGAAGCAUAUAUCAGAUCUGGAGAAAUUUUCGAGGAUCGUCAACAAUCGUACGAGAAGAUGACUAAGUCAUACGAGAAACUACUCUCAAGCUGUCAAACACUCUCUGAGCUUCUCAAUCUUCCUAUGCCAACUCUGCCAGCCGCAACACAAAAGAAUGAUACAAUUAUUGUCUCUGCAGCUGGCCAGCAAACAACGCAAGAAGAAAUUUAUGUGAUUGGUGGGAAAUGGGAAGAUGAAGAAGAACGUCGAUUUUACGAGGAUAUCCAGGACCUUCGUGACUUUGUGCCGAAGAGCGUGCUGGGGCUCGAUGAGACAGAUGGCCAGCAACCAGACGAGAAAUCCGGACUAAACAAGACAAAGGACGAGGAAUUAGAAAAGGAGAAGAAAAGGCAAGAGGAGAAGGAAGCCAGGGAGCUAGAAAAGGAGCUGAAGAGAUUAGAACUCGGACAUGAGGCAAAAGAUGAGACCAGAAAUGAUAAUGCACCUGACGAGGUUGAAAUGGAGGACGACAGUGCUGUUACUCCAGUUCCCUCACCACCAAAGUCGCCUUCACCGCCACAAUCUCCAUCACUCGCACCUCAAGGGCCUUCGCAACUGCUCACUGCACUAUUGGCACGCCUUCCGGAUUGCACUAACCGUACAUUGAUCGAUUCUGCCGCGGUCGAAUUCGCUUUUCUGAAUUCGAAGGCGGCACGGAAGCGUCUUGUUAAGUUUAUGACACAAGUCCCAAAGAACAGGACAGACUUGUUGCCUCAUUACUCUAGACUAGUCGCAACUUUGCAUAAGUACAUGCCUGAUGUCAGUGCAGACCUGAUCGCAUCUUUGGAGGAAGAGUUUCGCUAUCUCCAGCGGAAGAAAAAUGUAGUGAAGGAAUUCGCUGAGACUCGUCAGAAGAACAUCGCGUUCAUCUCAUGCUUAACGAAAUUUGGAGUCGUUCCGACGCACGUUAUACUGCAUAUAUUUAAAGUCUGCCUGGAUGAUUUCUCUGGAGUAAAUAUCGAUAAUCUUGCGAUGUUGCUUGAGGGUUGCGGUCGCUAUCUUUUGCGAAGCGAUGAAACAAAAGAUCGAUUCGUGACUAUGAUCGAGCUUAUGCGGCGAAAGCAGAGCAUGCAGCACUUAGAUCCAAGACAGACUCUGAUGCUGGAAAACGCCUAUUAUCAGUGUAACCCUCCAGAGCGAGCGCCUAUCAAGGAGAAGGAACGUACACCCAUGGAGCUGUUCAUCAGACAUCUUGUCUACGACGUCCUUACAAAGAAAACGAUUGACAAGGUCCUGAAACUCAUUCGCAAGCUCAAUUGGGAUGACGCUCAAGUGGUCCGUGCGCUGCACAAUGCAUUCACCAGACCAUGGAAAAUCAAAUACAGUAACAUCAGCUUGCUCGCCAUGUUGGUUUAUGACUUGCAGCGUUACCAUCCUGAAUUCUCCGUUGCCGUCGUCGAUCAGGUCCUUGAAAACGUGAGGAGAGGAAUGGAAACUAACGCUUACAGAGAGAAUCAGCAACGGGUCGCCACGAUUAAGUACCUUGGGGAGCUUUACACCUAUCGUGUCAUUUCUUCAAGUAUUAUUUUUGAUACUCUCUGGAGUCUGGUGACUUUUGGGCAUCCCGAAGGACGUCCUUUACCCGGUCAAGCAUGUCCUCUCGAUAUGCCGGACGAUUUCUUCAGAAUUAGACUCGUCUGCGUGCUGUUGGAUACAUGUGGCAUGUGCUUUGACAAGGGAUCUCAGAAGAAGAAAUUAGAUAAUUUCAUGAUAUUCUUCCAGUUGUAUGUGUUUACGAAAGAGAACCUUCCCAUGGAGGUCGAAUUUAUGUUGGAAGACACAUUGGAGGCAUUGAGACCGAAAAUGAAUAAACUGAAGGACUUCGAGGAAGCGGCCCAUGCUGUGGAUGAACUCUUCACACAAAUUCUUCACACUAACGUUAAUGAUGCCGAGGGUGAGGACAGCGGAGAAGAAAGCGAUGAGGACCGCGAAGGCGACGAUCGAGUGGGUUCUGAGGAAGACGAAGAUGACGACCAAACUGUGUCCGAGUCCAUGACCAAUGAGCGACCUCCUUCUCCGGACACUUUAGUUCUCCUGAACGCACCGGAAAAUCUGGGCCCUACAGAUGAAGAUGAAAAUGAAUUUGCGAAGGAACUUGCCAAGAUGGUCACGGAUUCGGCCGCAGAAGCGAGAAAGGUCGAUAAGCGAACAGCCCAGGCGCUGUGGGACUCGGCAACGAUGCCGUCAGGCUUUCGGAAAAAGAAAUAUGAUAAUAGUGAUGAGGAUGGAGACGUAUCAGACGAUGGUGAAUCGGAGAACCAGGAGACCAUGAAAUUCGUUGUUCUUACGAAGAAGGGAAACAAGCAACAGGCUAAGAAGAUUGCGAUUCCAGCUAAUACCGCGUUAGCUGCGCAGACCCGAAAUGCACAGCUACAGGACAAAGUCGAGCAACAGCACUUGAAGAAACUCGUUCUCGAUUAUGAACAGCGCGAGGAAGUGGAAGAAUUCAAAGGCAGGUCUCUUGAGUCCCGGACCCGAAACGGUGCAAUCAAGAUACGAUACGUUGGAUAA